AAAGGUUUUUGUUGUUGUAGCUUAUGCAGUGGCUCCGUUGCUAUGGAAACAUGACAUCCAAAUGACGUCCUUCUGUUUAAAAGCUUUUAGCUAAAUUCCAGCCUGUCAGAUGUAGGCCCCAUCUUGCUCUGCCAGCCAGCCGCUGCUUGUGCUGGCCGGUGCGAAGAGCCUCGGCGGCCGGCAGCUGCCAUGGCUUCGGCGCCGGCCCCCGGCUGCCUCCUGUCCGUCCAGAGCGAGAAGCACCGGCGGGCGCGCAACUGGACCGAAGCCGAGAUGCGAGGCCUGAUGCUGGUCUGGGAGGAAUUCUUCGAGGAGCUGAAGCAGACCAAGAGGAACGCCAAAGUUUACGAGAAAAUGGCCAACAAACUCUUCGAAAUGACGGGGGAAAUCCGGCACGGGGAAGAGAUCAAGAUUAAAAUCACCAACAUGACCUUCCAAUACAGGUGAGUUGAGGAUGCGAGAGGAGGCGGUGCCCGGGAAACCUCAAGAAUCUUCUGCCCAUCCCUCUGCCCAGAAGAAAGAUUUCAGGGCACCGUCCUUACCACCCGCAAAGGUCCCAGCAACCUUGUUGGGCAACAGAGAUGGCUGUACGAGCUCCAACGAUGGCCGCGUGGCGACGGAGGGAUUCUAACGCUGAGGUCUUUCCGUUUCAGAGCAGAAGAGCGACCGGUGAAGAAGAGGAAAGUUCAGAGCUGCAGUUUCCAGAAGAAGAAGUUGAAGCUGAUGGAGGCCAUGCUGGAAGAGCAGAAGAAGCUGAGCCGAGCGAUGGAGGAAACGUGUCGGGAAGUCCGAAGGACUUUGGACCAGCAAAACAUUAUCCAAGUCCAGAGCCUGCAGCUGCAGGAAAGAAUGAUGAAUUUACUGGAGAAAAUCAUCACCAAAGCCAACGUUUAAUUUUCAGCCUGGGGGAAAAAAGGAAGGAAGGAAGGAAGGAAAAAAAAAAAAGGAAGAAAACUUAACCUGUUUUGAUAGAAAUGGCUUAUUUCAUAUGCCUAGGAUAGUUUCUUCCUUCCAGUUCACGACAUUUUGAAUCCUAUCCUGAUCUCCAAGGAUCUCCUUUCAUGAAAACCCACCCUUUGGAUACCUUUCCUGCUCGAGAACGGCGCCAAUCUUCGCGGCGCUGAAGGAAAAAAAAAAACUAUGAUCCAUGGACCGAAAGAUGGACUCGUUGCUCCUAGUCGAGCCUUCGGUCCACGGAGAAGGAAGAGGAGCAAGUCAACAUCUGGACGAGGCUCCGAGGAGGCUGCGCCGAGCAGGAGGCGGGAAAGCAGGAGCUGGGAAGACAGACAUGGGGACGGUCUCAGCAGGAGGAGGUCUCUAGGAAUCCCCCCACCCCACUCCAAAAAGAUCAGGGAACAAAUGGCUGAGCAGGCUAGCUGGAUUCCUCCCUGCCAGUAAGCCAGAUCUUCCUCCUCAUCCCUUCUCUCUCUCAUCUGAGGCUCCAGGAUCUCACAAGGAUAAUUCAACACACCGAAGGAUCUUCUACGUUGG